AUGACUCAUGAUGGUGUGGGGUACAAGACGUCAAAACCGCGUCUUUCAACAAGUUCUUUCGUUUCUUCUGCUCCACGGACUCCUUCUCGUAGCCCAGUCGCGUCACAUAUCUUCAUUUCGCCCCCAGCUCCAAAUAGGAACAGUUGCGAUUCAUGGAAUAGCUCAAACUAUGAUUUUGACGACCCAAGCGUAGACUGGAAGGAGGAUGAGGUUAGAUUACUUGGCAGGACCUUGGAUGCGCUACCUUCUCAUCUUAUUACGCCUUUCAACGGCUCAAUUCCGCCCCCUAACCUUCUUGACAAGAUUGCACGCGGUAUCACUGCUGCUAAAGGCCCAAAUGACUGGCCUCAUUCCGUCACCGCGACGCGUGCUAAAUUGCUCGACCUGGCCCGCGCAAGAGCAAUGGAGGAGCGGAGGAAGUCUAUUAUUGACGAGGACGUUAUCUUUCUCAGCGGCAAUGUACAUCAUCCGGCAGAUUUGAGCAAAUGUGCUGAGCGCAACGAUGCUUCACCAGAUGUACUUCAACCUACCACAAACACUCCUAAGCGGCACCCACUAUACAGGCAGUCCAGCAUGGAUUUCAUGACCGACGCGAAGGCUGACCAUAAGGAGAGCAUUGCUCGCCUUUCGCACCGUCUACAACGACACGAGCACACUUUCCACCACCCGUACCUGCGUCCUGCUCAUUUGCGUCGUCCAACAGAACAUUCCAUUGCUCCCUCGACACCCAGCUCAUCAACGCUCAAUGCCUCUCAGAGCAAUAUACGAAAGUCGACUGCGUCUUCGAAUUCGAACUCCACCUUUGGCACUCCCGUUUCUGCGUCGGCGCCUCUCCUAUCGUCCACGUUAACCCUCGCAAGCUCCUGCGACAUGCGCGUGGACCCGGAAGGUGACGGCGAGAAUCUGUUCAAGACUGCCGAAUUUCGCCGUAGCGGAGGAUAUCCUGACGCAGCUAUCGUUGGUGUCAAGGUCAAGAAAGUCCCUAUGCAGCCUGCUACUCCAAGGACACCGUCAACGAAGAACGUCAAAACGCCCUAUUCAAAAACAAAACCUAAAGUCCCUGCUCUCUCCGUAAUUUCUUCGCCAAAGACACCUUCAUCCAAACCUCGAGUGCUACCCACCACCGCAAUCAAAGCAGCCACACCUAUCAAACAGCCUAAAUUUCGCAAGGGACACAUGCCUUCCUUAUCCGUCUCCUCUGACGAAGAGGAGAAAGCACGUUCUCAACGUGCGAAGAAGCCCCGUACGAAGGAACCUUCUUGGAAACGCGAGUCAGGGCGGAGCGCUUUUUCACUGUCCAAGGCUUCCUCUAGCUCGUCGGAUAAUGACAAUGAAUUUUCGACGGGGAGCGUAGAGACUGCUGCAACAACCGUCUCGCUCUCUACACCUGCCUCGCCCGUGUCUAUGCCAAAGGCGAAACCCAAGGCAAAAGAGAAAGAGGAGCCGAAGACGACGAAGCCAAAGCCUAUCCGCCGCAACCUCAUGCGAAACCCUUCGAUGUUUGGUCCUGAACUCCCGUGUCCACAGGCGACUCCAUCGCCCCCGUCACGUAUCCCGCUGUCGUCUCCCAUCGGAUCACCUGUUGCGGUAUCCCUCGCAUCUCCUGUGACUGCAUCCCCGAGUACGCCUUCUAUGUCCCCGGGUAUGCCUGCUACGCCUUUGCUUGCUACCCAGACGCGUCCACGCACGCUUCGCCGUGCCGCACGUAGAAUCUCGUUUGGGAGUUUGAGGGCUGCGAGUCCUGUCUUAUCUGGCGAGAGUGGGAUGGUUGCGCUUGGGAGUGCGUUUCAGCUUGCUUGA